UCUCCUCAUCUUGAGAAUGGAGUCGUUCCUCUGUUUCAUCUCUCUGUUUUUGAUAUCAUCACAAUCUGUUGCGUUGAGUAUAACAGAGAAACCAGAGAUAGAAUGUGCAAUGUGUUUAGAAUGCGAGAAUCCAUGUGAUCAGCCACCUCCUCCGUUGCCCUCACCCCCACCGCCUCCGCCACUAGAAUUUCUCUGUCCCCCGCCGCUUCCUCCACCUCCACCGCCGGUAGAGAUUUUCUGUCCGCCGCCGCCUUCUCCACCACCUCCAUCUCCUUCCCCGCCCCCGCCUUCUCCUCCACCUCCUCCUUCACCGCCACCACCAUGUAAUCACUGCCCGUUACCGCUUCCACCGCCGUUGCCGCCGGUUUGCAAUGAAUGCGUUCCUAACAAGCCUAGACCACCGAUCAUUAUCACCGCCGCAGCAGCUAUGCCAGAGAUCUCUGCUUCCAUCAGCUUAAUGAUUGCUCUAUUCGCCUUUCUAGUUUCCUCUCUAAUUCAAUAAUCUUUGUAGCGAUCUUUUAAUUCUAUUCGUUGUCUCUCUUCGUUAGUAAUUCUUACACUCAUCAUAAAGGAAUUUAAUUUCUGAUAUAACCAAAAUUUAGCAGGAUGUUAAACUUUUUAGUUUUCAGUAUGUCUUUUGAUCUCUAAGAUUCGAUGUUUCAAACGCAUAUAUCAUGCAUGUGUGUUUGCAUUUACAAUAAAAGUCAACUCUUUACAAA